ACUGGACGUUAUAAACACGCAAGUAAGCCCACCUAUUGUCCAUUCAGUCAUGUCCAUGUUUGCUAGAGCAUUUGCUCGUUCAUCCGCUUUCAAGCGUGCCGCCAUUCGUCGUGGUGGACACGGACCAGCAUCAUACAACGAACCCGGCGGCUACUUGUUCAACGAGAAGCCUUUGGCACCUGGACAAAAGCGUGUUAAGGAGGAAUGGGAGACCAUCUACUACUGGGGUAUGGGCGGCGGUUUCGUCCUCAUGUCCGCUUUGUUAUACUAUAAGCCUGAUACAAGUGUCGUCACCUGGGCCACUAAGGAAGCCGAAAAAUCAUUGAAGGAGAAGGGUGUUUCACUCGAAUAUCCCAAGAGUGCCUAGACUACCUACCUUUUUUCCUCUACUAUACAUUGCUUUGUUCUAUACAGCGUUCUCACAUAUAAACCGAUCUUUAAAAAACCUUUGUUGCGAGAUGCGUGUAUAUGCGUAUCGGUCGGAAUCGCUGUAAAUGAGUAUUUUGACCACCGUGUCAGCAACCAGUUUUGCUAUUAACAUAUUUUCAUAU